GCAAACUGUCGUCGACUCGACAGCCCUGAUAUUCAAAUGCUGACGUCUACUCCAUCGUCGUUUUUGCUAACGAAGGCCGCUCGGUGCCUCAUCGUUCCCUCUCUGGGAAGCCUCGCAAGGGUUCCUGCAGUCGAGAUCCUUCUGAGGACGUUCCGCGCUCGACCAGUGCCCCUGAUAUGUUCCGGCGCAAUAGAACAGGCGACGUCCGAUCGGCCAUGGGUAUGGCAGGGUUUUCGGCCUCAUCCUCCGACGGUUCUGUCCGAACCUUCCAGUUAUCUCCUUCGAGCGUUCUUAAGAUUCAGAAAGGGGACAUUACCGUGUGGUCCGUGGACGGAUCGACCGACGCGAUCGUAAAUGCAACUAGCAAACUAAUGCUUGGAGAUGGUGGCGUGGAUGAAGCUAUACAUCGAGCUGCUGGUCCAGAACUUCUCGAGGCAUGUCGAAAGGUUCCAAAGGUCCAGAACUUCUCGAGGAUUACAGUCCGCUGCCCUACAGGGGAAGCCAGAAUCACUCCAGCUUUCCGGUUGCCUGUUUCACAUGUGAUACACACUGUUGGGCCCAUCUAUUACAGUGAUGAACAUCCUGAGAUUUCCCUUACUAAUGCAUACAGAAAUAGCUUGACGCUUGCUAAGGAGAAUAAUGUUCAAUACAUCGCUUUUCCAGCUAUAUCUUGUGGUCUCUACAGAUAUCCUUUCAAAGAGGCUUCCAGGAUAGCUAUAUCAGUGGCAAAAGAGUUCCUUGACUCCUUUAAAGAGAUACAUUUCGUGUUGUUCUCUGAUAAGCUCUAUGGUGUUUGGCUUAACACUGCCAAUGCUGACACAGGGUUGCAAUUGCUUGCCAAGAAAACGCUAUCACUCUCCUCUAGCUUCGCCCCUGUUUCUGCCUCCAGGGAUCGAUGGCUUGGAGCAAGUCUCUGCCACGUCCAGACCCUCACCAUCGCCACCCUUCCGGACCUUCCCUAUGACUAUUGCGCCCUCGAGCCAACCAUCAGCAGAGAGAUCAUGAAGAUCCACCAUCAGAAGCACCAUCAGAUGUACAUCACCAACUACAAUAAUGCUCUCGAGCAGCUUGAUUCAGCAAUCGCUAAGGGUGACGUAUCGGCGGUCGUCCAGUUGCAGAGCACCAUCAAGUUCAAUGGAGGAGGUCAUGUCAACCACACAAUAUUUUGGCAAAACCUGAAGCCGACCAAUGAAGGUGGAGGUGAGCCACCACACAGCACACUAGGUUGGGCAAUCGACACAAACUUUGGUUCUUUGGAGGCUCUGAUCCAGAAAAUGAAUGCAGAAGGUGCUGCUUUACAAGGUUCUGGGUGGGUGUGGCUAGCUUUGGAUAAGGGCAAUAAGAAACUCAGUGUUGAAACAACUGCAAAUCAAUCAACAAGUUCAUCAAAGUAAAAGACUAGGCUAGUCUCUUUUAAAUUAUAAUCAAUAAAGCUCUGGAGUAUGAAGUCAUGGAAGCUAUGUUGAUGAUUCACGGGAUGACCAAAUCUGCAAAAUGCAAAGCUGUCUCGUACCUCUAUGUUAAAAAAUGUGUCCAUUUAAUUUUCAAUGGAACUCUUGCAAUAUUUUGUCUGCUCUUUCCUUGACAUCAUUUAGCUAUUUCCUUUAUUGGAAUAGCAGACCGCAGACAACCUGCAUUUCAGUUCAAAGAUGCAUUUGUUUUUCAUCUUACUUAAAAUCUCCUUUUUCCUUACUGCAUCCAAUUAAACUGAAUCGUUUUUAGUUUUCAUUAGAAAUCAUAAAUAGAAUAAAAUAACUAAAGGCUUUUCCCUUAACUAGGGCUCACAAUUGGGAGCGUGUGCAUGCCAGGUCCAGAUUAUAUGAUUUUCAUGUGCAACAUGGCCUUGGAUUUAUUCAAUUAAGAUAGUGUGCAAUGCUACUAAUGUUGUUUGGAACAUUAAAUGAAGAAUUGUGGCUUGUACAUUUGGGAUAUUAGGUAAAGCAUAUUUUGGAGAUGCCUAACCACUACAUGCAAAGAGAUAGGGCUUAUUGAUGCAAGUCUGCCAUGUGAGUACCAACUCAGCUACGCCCUAGGGGCAAAGAGAUGGGGCUUAUGAAUAUAAGUCUAAUUGAUGUUUGGAUGUCAUCUUUUUUGAUAUACGAGAUUGGUAGGUUCCUAUGCUAAUAACCCAAAUAUGUAACUCUGAUUUGUGCAUGUAUUGCAUUGUUGGUUUAUUGAUUUAAAAGUGUAGAUUUAGAAGAUCCUUCAGCUAAAUUCUACAAGGAAGGUUGUGUGGUCAAAAUUACAAUUCAUAACUGGAUAUUUAGUCGAUUCCAAAAUGGAUAUGUCAGUAGAUCAAUUAGUUUGGUAUGUUGGUAUGUGUUUAAUGUUCUCUUUGCAUGUUCUUAAUCUCUGGCCUGAAAAUUAUGUGUUAAUUAGAGGCCAUACUUGUGGAAGGAGGAGAUUAUCUCGGUGUGAGUAAACAAAGACACUUGUCACACCAUCUAGUUCUUUUAACUUGGACUAGCAACACAUGGCCUACAUCUUUAGCAUGCUUUAUUGAUUCCAUAUGUGCAUUAUGUUGGAUUGCUGUUACAUCACAUAAUUCUUUUUAACCCUUUGGUACAUACUUCAAUUCUCUGUCCAUUCCUGUAGCACCUUUUUUUCCACAAAAAAAAAAAAAGACGUAGCUAAUAGGUUUGAAUGCUCUUUCCGUAGGAUCCUCUAGUGACCAAAGGCGCAACCCUUGUUCCAUUGCUUGGUAUUGAUGUGUGGGAACAUGCGUACUA